CCUCGCUCGGGCCCCGGCCCCGCGCCGCGCGCUCUUCACUUCUUGGGGGCUUUUUAAAACAGCGCCACUGGGGUCUUCUCCAUGCGGCUCGGGCUAUGACAGCCUCCGUGCUCCUCCACCCCCGCUGGAUCGAGCCCACCGUCAUGUUUCUCUACGACAACGGCGGCGGCCUGGUGGCCGACGACCUCAACAAGAACAUGGAAGGGGCGGCGGCGGCGGCGGCGGCAGCGGCGGCGGCGGCGGCGGCCGGGGCCGGGGGCGGGGGCUUCCCCCACCCGGCGGCGGCGGCGGCGGCGGCCGCGGGGGGCAACUUCUCGGUGGCGGCGGCGGCCGCGGCGGCGGCGGCGGCCGCGGCCAACCAGUGCCGCAACCUGAUGGCGCACCCCGCACCCCUGGCGCCGGGCGCCGCGGCCGCCUACAGCAGCGCGCCCGGGGAGGCGCCCCCGUCGGCCGCCGCCGCCGCCGCCGCUGCCGCUGCCGCCGCGGCCGCCGCGGCCGCCGCGUCGUCCUCGGGAGGGCCCGGCUCGGCGGGCCCGGCGGGCGCCGAGGCCGCCAAGCAGUGCAGCCCCUGCUCCGCGGCGGCGCAGAGCUCGUCGGGGCCCGCGGCGCUGCCCUACGGCUAUUUCGGCAGCGGCUACUACCCCUGCGCCCGCAUGGGCCCGCACCCCAACGCCAUCAAGUCGUGCGCGCAGCCCGCCUCGGCCGCCGCCGCCGCCGCCUUCGCCGACAAGUACAUGGACACCGCUGGCCCUGCAGCCGAGGAGUUCAGCUCCCGCGCUAAGGAGUUCGCCUUCUACCACCAGGGCUACGCAACCGGGCCUUACCACCACCACCAGCCGGUGCCUGGCUACCUGGAUAUGCCGGUGGUGCCGGGCCUCGGCGGCCCUGGGGAGUCGCGCCACGAGCCCCUGGGUCUUCCCAUGGAAAGCUACCAGCCCUGGGCGCUGCCCAACAGCUGGAACGGCCAAAUGUACUGCCCCAAAGAGCAGGCGCAGCCUCCCCACCUCUGGAAGUCCACUCUGCCCGACGUGGUCUCCCAUCCCUCGGAUGCCAGCUCCUACAGGAGGGGCAGAAAGAAGCGAGUGCCUUACACGAAGGUGCAGUUGAAAGAACUGGAGCGGGAAUAUGCCACGAACAAGUUCAUUACCAAGGACAAACGGAGGCGGAUAUCAGCCACGACGAACCUCUCGGAGAGGCAGGUCACUAUCUGGUUCCAGAACAGGAGGGUCAAAGAGAAAAAAGUCAUCAACAAACUGAAGACCACUAGUUAAUGGAUUAAAAAUGAAGGGACGGGGCAAGCUGGAGAAAUGCCUCAGGACUCGAGGCUUGGCCCACUUGACGGUAGUGAGAAGAACUGAGAACGGGAACGAGAGACACGGGCGAUGUGCUCUCUUGAGGGCGACCUCUUUCUCUCUAGCGGAACCUACAACUACUUUUACUACAGCUACUACUACUUUUUUGGAAUUUUGCGAAACGGUGCAUCUGCCAGUUCUCCCACCAACCCCACAGGACGGUUAAAUGACAAACUCUAGGGGUCAAACGCCAACCCCCAAAUAUGCAAUGGCAGACAAGUUAUGCAUUUACUGAGAUCUUGUAAGUAUUUAUGUGACCGUUAUAUUUUAGGACACUAUGUUAGACGGUAAUAAUCUGAACGCUGGUUACAAAAGCAAGCGAGAAGCUCUAGCAGACGUCUGAUUGUCUUUCUUAAGUCGUCAUCCCUUCUGCAUGUUAAGUGCCUGCUCAGGUGAACCUUAGUGAAAUUCGUAUCAUUGUAUAUUCUGCAAAAAAAAAAAAAAUCCAUGUAUAGAUUUAGAGGAGAGAAGAGAAGGUACUGAAAGAAUGAUCUUGGAUUGUUUCUCACGAAGGGAGAGAGGAGAGAGAGAGAGAAGAGAGAGUGAGAGGAUCGUUGGUCUUGGUAGCAGACACAACCAGCUGAACCUCUGAGGCUACAAGAGUUGGGAGUAUCCUUUUGAGAAUAAUUUUUCCUUGCUUAUCACAAGCAUUUUUUGGUGGCACUUAGGCUCUAUUUACUGUACCAUUAGCAGUUUAUUUCCUCAAGGAUUUGGGAUCUUAAAAUGUAAAUUUUCAGGGGCUCCAUAGGAUUCACUUAAUGUCAGAACUCAUGGAAGUUCUCACCCCAACAUGAUGGACACAAUUCAUAUUUUUUUCACUUAAAUUGACAUUUUCCAAUAUUUGCUAAAACUUUGCUGGAGAAAUAUGCUUUUCUCUUUUCAAAAACUCAGCAUGAAAACCAUUACCCUGAAAUAUUUAGGUGUCUAAAUUCUCCGUUUUAAUCCAUGAAGGGAUUUGUGAUUUUUCUUCGUUAACUGUGUCAUGAAACCAUAUUAGAAAGUGUAGGGAUUAAUCUUCACAGCACACUUUUAAUCAGUUAUUUCAACCAGCACAUUGGUUUUGUUCAAUAUUCACUAUAAAUGCUAUCUUGUAAAUAAAGACAUUCAGCACACUGUGAAAAUGUAUUUGUGCACCUGCUUUUGAAAUACUUCUGGUAAAAAUGAAAAAAAAACUAACAUCUAUAGAUACUGCUACAGUGGUAUUAAUUCUGGUAACAAUAUAGUCACUGCCAUGAACA